UGCAGCCGCCAGCCUCGGCUCGAAGGUUGCGAGGUCUCUCUCUCUCUCUCUCUCCCCUCAGCGGCUGGGCUUGUGGCCACGGCUGCAGGAGCUGCAAGAGCGGUUAGCCGUGGAGCGGCGGACCGUGCCCGAAAGAGCGGGAAGGCGCGAGGUGCCCAGCCUGCUUCGACGCCGGGUUGGCUCGUCUUGCUCCAGUGUCCCCCCGAGCGGCGGAGCGCCACGCAGCGGGCAAGGAGCCUGCUGGGUGGGUCUCCCACCUGCCGACGACCAUGGCCGGGUCCGAGCAGGACGGCGGUACCGGAGAGGCGCCGCUGCCCUUCGAGGACGCCGAGCUAGCGCUGGCUGGAAUCAAUAUGCUGCUCAACAACGGAUUCCGGGAAUCGGACCAGCUCUUCAGGAAAUACAGAAACCAUAGUCCUUUAAUGAGUUUUGGAGCCAGCUUUGUCAGCUUUUUGAAUGCCAUGAUGACGUUUGAAGAAGAGAAAAUGCAGCUGGCAUGUGACGAUUUAAAAGCUACCGAAAAAUUAUGUGAGAGUGAAGAAGCAGGAGUCAUAGAAACAAUAAAAAAUAAAAUUAAGAAGAAUGUUGAUGGGAGGAAGGCUGCCCCAUCCAUGAUGGAUCGAUUGCAGAGGCAAAUCAUUGUGGCAGACUGUCAAGUUUACCUUGCUGUGCUCUCUUUUGUAAAACAAGAAUUAUCAGCUUAUAUAAAAGGUGGGUGGAUCCUUAGAAAAGCUUGGAAAAUCUACAAUAAGUGCUAUUCAGACAUUAAUACACUUCAGGAUUUAUAUCAGAAGAAGAUAACUCAGGAAUCUUUGACUUCUGAUGCUACAAAUGAUAAUCAUAUUGCUGCAGAAGUUGUUACAGAGGAUUCACUCAACAGACUGAAAGGUGCUGUUAGCUUUGGAUAUGGACUUUUUCAUCUUUGCAUAUCCAUGGUGCCCCCAAACCUGCUCAAAAUCAUCAAUCUGCUGGGUUUUCCUGGAGACCGCCUGCAGGGGCUUUCUUCAUUGAUGUAUGCAAGUGAAAGUAAGGACAUGAAGGCCCCUUUAGCUACGUUAGCCUUGCUGUGGUACCACACAGUGGUUCGCCCUUUCUUUGCUUUGGAUGGCAGUGAUACCAAAGCAGGAUUGCAAGAGGCUGUAGAGAUUCUUCAGAAAAAAGAAGCUGCUUAUCCAAACUCAUCUCUCUUUAUGUUUUUCAAAGGCAGAAUACAGCGGUUAGAGUGUCAAAUCAACAGUGCCUUGACCUCCUUCAAUACUGCUUUGGAACUUGCAACUGAUCAGAGAGAGAUUCAGCAUGUCUGCCUCUAUGAAAUUGGCUGGUGUAGCAUGAUAGAAAUGAACUUCAAGGAUGCUUUCGAAUCAUUUGAACGUCUUAAAAAUGAAUCAAGAUGGUCCCAGUGUUAUUAUGCCUACUUAACAGCAGUGUGUCAAGGAGCUACUGGUGAAGUGAAUGGUGCACAGACUGUUUUCAAGGAAGUCCAGAAGCUUUUCAAAAGAAAAAACAACCAAAUUGAACAAUUCUCAGUCAAAAAGGCAGAGAGAUUUAGAAAGCAAAAACCAACCAAACAACUUUGUGUAUUGGCAUCCAUCGAGGUACUGUACUUAUGGAAAGCUCUUCCAAACUGUUCAUUCACCAAUCUACAGCACAUGAGUCAAGCUUGCCAGGAAAUUGAGGAUUCAGCGGUCGUUGGUUUGAAGAACUUGUUACUUGGUGCCAUACAUAAAUGCUUAGGAAAUGCUGAAGAUGCUGUUCAGUUCUUUCAAAGAGCCCUAAAAGAUGAACUCUGUCGCCAGAACAACCUGUAUGUUCAACCAUAUGCUUGCUAUGAACUUGGCUGUCUUUUAUUAGAAAACCCUCAGUCUGUCCCAAGAGGUAAAGUGUUACUGCUUCAGGCAAAGGAAGAAUUCACAGGGUAUGAUUUUGAGAACAGGUUACAUGUUCGCAUCCACGCAGCAUUAGCCUCUUUGCGAGAAGUGGUCCCCCAGUGAUGAACAGAAAGGCCUCCCAUCUUUUCUUUAUCGACUUUUGCACUCUAAGGACAAAGCUGUCAGGAAGAUUAGCUUUCCUCCAGAAAACCUUCCUGUUCAAGAGAUGUUUUCCUAAAGAUGCAAAGCUGGUUAUGGAAAAAUGUUAACAAUCUCAACAAUUAAGGACUCAGCCAAAAAGGUUAAGUGACCUUAGGCUCAAACAACUGGUGAUUUCUCAUGCAUAUGUCCUUUUUAAAUUAGGGGAAGCUAGGCAUUGUGUUCAAGCCCAGCCACACAGACAGGGGAUGGUGCUGGAGAAUUCCUUUAAAUAUUAAAGUCCUUUAGUUCCAAUGCUUAGAGAUGUCUUUUUUUUUUUUUUUUUGUCAAGCUGGAGAUCGUAGCCUGUGGUUGUACAAAUGAACCAACAAUGAGCACACUUUGAUUUUCUGUAUCAAUAUUGGCUUGAUUUCUAUUAUUUUUCCCAUUUCUGAAUAGCUUAUCCAUCCUUUUAUAGAAAGGAACCCUUUUCGUGGAAACAAUACUAUAAAGUUGUUUCAGUAUGGUAUAGAAAUGAAUAGUUAUAUUCAAAAGCCAACUGAUAUGGAGCUGGAAAUUUGCCUGGUGCAUUUACAGCACAACAAACUUGCCCAUGGAACUUUUCUUGGUCAUUCAGAUAAAUGUAAAUAAUGAAAUCUGCUCCCAUAUUUAUUUUAAAUUAUGAGAAUAUAUUUAGAAGCUUUAUUUUUUAGCCAAAUGUUUAUUUUUAAAAUCCUUAAGCGUUGUGUUAAACAUUUGAUACCUAUUUAAAUGGUAGUGUGGAUAAUUGGUUGUCAACAAGGGAUUUGUGGAUCACUCACGUUGCUAAAAUGUAGGUUAAAUAUGAAAAACUUGCCUUCUGGCAUUUUAAACCUAUAAUAUCCCUUCUGGUUAUAGAACUUUUAAAAGAAUAUAACACAGUAGAAUUUUAUUCAAUUUUCUGACUUUUAAUGUUGUCACACAUUAUUUUAGUGUGUAUGUAUUUUUAAGGCAAAUAUUGGUUUUUAAAAAACAAUUUUUAGCAUAAUAGCUUUUCCUAUAUACUGUGAAGCUUUUUUUUUUAUGGCAUUAAAGCCUUAUUUUCAAUUUCUGAAAUUUCUCUUUCACAACUCUGGAUUCUCACCUGAUCUGCUAAAUGCUUUAUCUUGUUUGUAGUUCACUUAAACAAACAAGCUCCAAAGAGCAUUAAGAGAAAAAAAAUUACAGUUACAUUCACAAGGGCUUCCCUGUUCACUUUCAGCAUUGGGUAAUGCUGUCAUGAGUACACGCAGGAUAGUUCCUGUCCUGUGUUAUGAGCUCAGUGUUUGGAUCAUCAAAUGUGAAUUGAAACCAAAUGACCAAGUACAUCAUGUAACUGCUAAAUUGCAUAGCCUAUUUCUUGCUACCCUGCCCAAAAGUACUUAGCAGCUACUAAAUCUGUUGUGCUCCUUUUUUUAAAAAAAUACUAUAUUCUGUGAACAAUUAA